AAGUCACGGGCACUGCCACUAACAUGCCCAAGGUAGUAUCGAUGAACAACAUUCACUUCAGCGAAUUUACAAAUGUAGACUAUCCGCCCGUCAGUGGUCUAGCCGCGCCUUUCUCCCCUUUUCAAUUCCACCUAACCAUCGCAACUGGAAAUUAUGCCCCUCCCAUUACCCGGAUCGGCUCCAUCUGUAAAUCCGUCUCAGUCGACUUUUCCCCAUCUAUGGGUAGAGCCCUGUUCACGACGUCAGUGGCUGGUCCGAUUUGGGUCCCGUGCUUUUUGUUUGUUUUUUUUUUUUUUUUUUUUUUUCAACAAGUCUUCAAGGUUUAGCGUAGCUAAAACUAAAGAGGAAAACAUGAACAUCCACAAAACCACGGGGAUAGGGAAAAAUUCAUUGACAUUGAUAGGGGGAAGGGGGGCUUGCUUGUACAGUACCUGGUCUAGUGGUGGUUUUACAUUAUGGGUCAUUGGGUCUGCAGUAAAAUUGCAUGACCUUUUCUACAACAACAAUGAGGUCAGGAUUUCAUGGAUGCACGUACAGUACACAAUACUCCAAUUCAUUUCGCUAAAGACCACUACACCACUGCACCACUGCACUGCACCACAGGAAACAGAAUCCAUGACGGAUAGAUUUCCCCCACCUAUGGGUCAGGGAGAUUGCGCCUCCCAACCGUGCGGUUGACGGGCGGCACUGGCACUGGCACUGUCAAAGUCCUGUCACCAGUCAUCAACAGACCCAAGGGUGUGUGCACGUAUCACCU